ACUCCUUCAAAGCGCGUCCUGCCGUUUUCCCGUUGAAAGCGAGUGUCCUUAUCGUUUGCAGCACACAAGAGAUGGAAACACACGGUGUAAUUGGAACGCCCACCACGCUUUGCGGGGCGGACCAAGAUGCGAGCGCUGGCGGCGACUACAAGGUUCUUACUGAGGGCGCUUUAGCCUACGCCAACCUUGACUCCACCGAGAUUGCCGGCGCCGUUCCGUUCAUCAGCAACAGUGUCGACGCCGGCAUCAACGGCGAGCAGGCCGGCAAAAUUCGUCGUGACUACCAGGACCUCGCCAAGCGCACAGUCGUGCAGUCUGACUGCACCGGCACACGCUGCACCGCAGCCACCACCGCACUCUCCAACUGUGCAUCGCUCGCUCGCACCGCCGCCUCAAACGCCCAAUCCAACAACGCCAAGAUGACCGAGUGCUUCAAGUCCACAGCUACUGCUACAAAGAACACCGUUGCGACCGUCUUCAACAACAUCGCCAGCCAGUGCGGUUCCACCACCAGCGGCAACAGCAGGUACUACUGCACCGACAUCCUGGGCGCCUGCUCCAUCGGCGUGUUGGCAUACACAUACCCCUCGACCAGCCAGAUGGUCAACUGCCCUCUAUUCUUCUCCGGUCUGCCGGCGCUGAGCCGCACUUGCCAUGCUCAGGAUCAGGCUACGACUGUGCUGCACGAGAUGACCCACUUGGAUCAGGUCAAGGGCACUAGCGAUUACGGAGGUUAUGGAUGCAACUUCAUCCGCAGCUUGUCGGCGGCACAGAACUUGAAUCAUGCUGAUACUUACACAUUGUUCGCUCAGGCUCUUUACGCCAGCUGCUAG